AUAGCAAUACUUGAAUUGACGUUAUGUAGUGAAUGAUAAUGUUUUAUCCUAUAAAAAAUGGAGGAUCCACACAGAGUUGAGACCAACAAGAAGAAGAAUAAGAGGAAUCAAGAAUGUCGAGUGGGGUUGGUCAAGUAGUGGAGAACAAGCAGGUGAGGCUGAAGCGGUAUGUGAAAGGCUUCCCUGUGGAAUCGGAUCUGUACGUGACAUCUGAUAACACUAUCGAGCUCAGAGUGUCCGAUGGGUCUCCAGAGGGUACUACUUUGGUGAAGAAUCUCUACUUGUCUUGCGAUCCUUACAUGCGAUUCCGUAUGGGGGAAUCCCAAAUUGGCGAGUUCCCUUCCUUUACCAUUGACGCUCCCAUAGACGGAUUUGGGGUUGCCAAAGUGUUAGACUCAAAGAACCCUGACUUUAAGGUCGGUGACCUUAUUUGGGGGAGAAUAAAAUGGGAGGAGUACAGUCUUAUCACAAAACCUGAAGGUUUCUUCAAAAUCCAGCACACUGAUGUUCCCUUGUCUUACUAUACUGGGAUUCUUGGUAUGCCUGGAAUUACUGCCUACUUUGGUUUUAAUGAGGUUUGUUCUCCAAAGGAAGGAGAAUAUGUCUUCAUUUCAGCGGCAUCUGGUGCUGUUGGUCAGCUUGUGGGGCAGUUUGCAAAGUUGAAGGGUUGUUAUGUUGUUGGAAGUGCUGGAAGCAAAGAGAAGGUUGAACUCUUAAAGACUAAGUUUGGAUUUGAUGAGGCUUUCAACUAUAAAGAAGAGCACGACUUAGUUGCAGCUUUGAAAAGGUUUUUCCCCGAAGGCAUUGACAUUUACUUUGAGAAUGUUGGAGGUAAAAUGCUUGAUGCAGUGCUCCUUAACAUGAGAGUACAAGGUCGAAUUGCUGUAUGUGGAAUGAUCUCUCAGUACAAUCUUGAUCAUCCAGAACCUGUUUACAAUUUGAUGAGUGUGAUAUAUAAUCGUGUUCGUAUUGAGGGCUUUAUCUCGUUCGAUUACUUCUCCCGAUACUCGGAGUUCGUAGAUGCAGUGCUGCCUUACAUCAGAGAGAAGAAGAUCAAUUAUGUGGAAGAUGUAGUUGAAGGCCUCGACAGCGGCCCUGCAGCUUUGGUUGGACUUUUCAGUGGCCGCAACAUAGGGAAGCAAGUAGUUGCUGUAGCUCAUGAGUGAUCUUAAAUGUAGUGGUGUGUAUGAUAAGUUGAGUCUUAUGCUUGAUAAUAUAUUUUCUUUUUCUGUUCUGAAGAGUGAACAAGGGAGUGAGUGUGUGUUAUGAAUAAAUGCGUGCGUUGGUGAUUUCUUUGUGUAUGAAUUGAAAUUGUUCACA